GACUGGAAGAAUCUGCUUAAAACAGCCUGCCUUGCAGACGCUGGGCUGGAGGAGGCCGGCUUCCGGCGCGACAUCGCAAGGCCAGGAGUCAACAGCCCGAGAGCCGGGCCGAGCCGGGAGCGCGGGCCCGCGGCCGCAGUUCCCGGGGCGUCUGCGGGCGCGAGCACGUCGUGACCCGGCGCUGUCAUGGUUCGUCCGCUAAACUGCAUCGUCGCUGUGUCCCAGAACAUGGGCAUCGGCAAGGACGGGAACCUGCCCUGGCCUCCACUCAGAAAUGAAUUCAGGUAUUUCCAAAGAAUGACUACAGUCUCUUCAGUAGAAGGUAAACAGAAUUUGGUGAUUAUGGGUAGGAAGACCUGGUUCUCCAUUCCAGAGAAGAAUCGACCUUUAAAGGACAGAAUUAAUAUAGUUCUCAGUAGAGAACUCAAGGAACCUCCAAAGGGAGCUCAUUUUCUUGCCAAAAGUCUGGAUGAUGCCUUAGAACUUAUUGAAGAUCCAGAAUUAACAAAUAAAGUAGACAUGGUUUGGAUAGUGGGAGGCAGUUCUGUUUAUAAGGAAGCCAUGAACAAGCCAGGCCAUCUUAGACUAUUUGUGACAAGGAUCAUGCAAGAAUUUGAAAGUGAUACGUUUUUCCCAGAAAUUGAUUUUGAAAAAUAUAAACUUCUUCCAGAAUACCCAGGUGUUCCCUUGGAUGUCCAGGAGGAAAAAGGCAUUAAGUACAAAUUUGAAGUAUAUGAAAAGAACAAUUAAUGUGAAAAUGUUUUCCGAUCUAUUUCAAGCCUUUCUCCCCCCCAAAAAAACUGUAUAUUUUUUGUUGUAGAGACUUUGUUCACUUUAGAUCUAUUACUUCUAAUCAAUGUACUUUUAUUCCCUAUUCAUCUUUUUUUUAUUAAUUAUUAUUGGAGUAUACUUGCUUUACAAUCUUGUUAGUUUCUGCUGUAGAGCAAAGUGAAUAAGCUAUACAUAUACAUAUAUCCCCUCUAUCAAGACAGCCCGAAGUGGGAGGGUCCCCUGGUGGCUAGAGUUGAAACCAUAUUCUGUAGAGCUAGGGAGUAAGUCCAAAGGUCAGAAAUGGACCCUAAACAGGAAAACUAGCAUUCAGUUAUUAAAUUAGAUCAAAAGGGGGACUAAGAAUUACUCCAUAUAGAUCACACUACUGAAAAAACUUCUGUUCACUCAGACCAUUCCACAAGGAUAGUGAUGAACAGCUACAACACUACCUUUUGAUGGUUAAGAGAACGUCUGAGACCUUUAAAAACUUUGUUUCUGAACUUCAGUGAGAUUUCACAGGAUGUUACAAUGAUAGAAGAAGAAUUGGCUGCUCUUUACAAAAAAGGAUAAUCUAAAAUCAAGCAUAAUGGCUGAAAUUUUAAAAGGUAAUAAAUUGAGAAUAAAUGUUGCUAGAAACCAAAAUUAGUAAGUUAGAAACUAAACAUCACAGAAUUAAAAAAUGAAGACUAAACCAUGUUUUACCCAUCUUGUUAGCAAAGAUUUAGAUUACUAAUAUAAAAAAAUAGCAUUUUCUGCCUUAUAAAUUGGUACAACCUUUUUAGUGUGUAAGUCAGCAAUAUCAAUUAAAAUUCAAAAUAUUCUGGGUUUGGACCCAGGACUUCCACUUCUAAAAAUUAUUCCUGAACAAAGAGAUGGGCCCAAGAAUAUUUGUUGCAAAAUUUUGUUUUAAACUUAGAAAGAACCCAAAUGUUGAUUAAUAAAAUGAUUUAAUAUGUCUAUAAAAUGUAACAUGUGCAGCAGUAAAAAAAGGAUGACUGAAAAAUGCCAAAAACUGCUAAGAAGCAACUUAUGUAUCAACUCAAAAUGUUUAAUAAAUGUUAAUGUGUGGGAAAAAAAAAUAA